GAAUGGUGGAUGGACCCGUCUCAAACUCUCAACUGCAGCACCCAUCUGGCCUGGCCUUAAAGAAGCAGGGUUGGUGCAGCGGGUGCCAGCUUUUCCGUUUCUUCAUUCUCUCCCGCGAAGUUCUCCUAGGAGUCUUUCGAGUUGUCUGUUCUUCUGCUACUUCAAGGACAUGGAUGUUAAGACGCUGAUAAAGGCGCAUCCUCCUGCCACCAUCUGUCGCCUCAACGUCUUACACUCACAUAACGGUUCACAACUUGCAUUUGGUUCGAUGCGGGUGACAUCUCCCAUGUCUGUAGGGCAGAGAACUCGGACCCUGCGCAUUUGCGCCAUCUCCUCGGACAGACUGGAGAAAAAGAAAAGGGUGGAUCAGAGCGACAGCCUGACACUCGAGAGCAUACGUCAUUCCCUAAUCAGGCAGGAAGACAGUAUAAUCUUCGGCCUUCUUGAAAGGGCUCAGUAUUGUUAUAAUGCUGACACUUACGAUCAGAAUGUUUUUUCCAUUGGCGGGUUCCAAGGUUCUCUGGUCGAGUUUAUGGUCAGAGAGACAGAGAAACUUCACGCACAGGUGGGGAGGUACAAAAGCCCAGAUGAGCACCCGUUCUUUCCUAAUGAUUUGCCUGACCCUUUGUUGCCUCCCUUGCAAUACCCCCAGGUUUUGCAUCCUGUUGCUGAUACAAUCAAUAUCAAUCCUAGGAUAUGGGAUAUGUAUUUCAAGGAUCUUCUUCCAAGGCUGGUUGAAGAGGGGGAUGAUGGUAAUUGUGGUUCAAGUGCAGUAUGUGACACAAUGUGCCUUCAGGCACUCUCUAAGAGAAUCCACUAUGGAAAAUUUGUAGCGGAAGCGAAGUUCCAGCAGUCACCAGCUGUUUACAAGGCUGCUAUCCAGGCUAAAGACAGGGCUCAACUUAUGCAUUUGCUGACAUAUGAGGCUGUUGAAGCAGCAGUCAAAAAGCGAGUAGAAAUGAAAGCCAAGAUUUAUGGUCAGGAAGUGAACUUGAAUGGUUCAGCAGUAGAUUCAAGUGGACAAGAAGUAGAUGAAGAUAACUUGAGCAUCCAACCUAAAAUUCAUGAAUCGAACUACAAGAUCCAACCAAGCCUCGUUGCUGAUCUGUAUAGUGACUGGAUUAUGCCACUGACAAAGUUUGUUCAGGUGGAGUAUUUGCUCAGGAGAUUGGAUUGAGAAGCAGCGUGGAUUUCUAAUCAUGGAUCCAAAUGAGUUGUUUGCCUGAGAGCAUAACCUGUACUAGUGGAAUCUCAGUGCUGCCACAUGAAAUGCAGAAAUUUCUCAAGUGAUUUUUUUGUUCUGAUCACUCUUUCCAGUUCCGUUGUGGAGGAUUAAUACAUUUCAUCAUCAGUGGAAUAGCGGAAUACAAGAAAUUUCAGUGGUCUAUUUGUUAGUGGUCAAAAAAUUUAUUUGGCUGUUCACAUGUGUAAUUUGGAUUUGCAACGUCUUAUUUUAUAUCUCCAAAGAAACAAGUUUUUUCCUA